UCUAGAUCCGCCCCUGGUCAUAUGUUCUGUGUUCCCCUCGUGGCACCUCCAAUUAUUAUUCCUCACAAAACCUUCAACUUUUUAAAAAUCGUUUUAAAUUUGGUCUGAAUAAUUCCCUUCCCCUCUUACCAGUUUAUACUACCACCAACACUCAAGAUUUAAUCACUUCUCCCGCAGCCAUUCAUGAUAAAGUUACCCAAUACAUUAUGUUGCAGUUUAACCCGUUUAUAUAACACUAUUUGUAGAAACAAACCAUUUCAUCUUAACAUGUCUAACCAAAAAAACAAUAAUCAUUUCAUAUAGCUGCAUAACGUUUUAAAUAGUUCAAAAACUUUCUUUCUAAACAUUUUUCAGUGGCAUGUAGUCAGUGAAACUAUUUUCUUUUAUUAAAAAAUUUAUCAUCAUUGUCAAAGUAUUCUUUUACAGAAAAACAUUUUAUUGUUAAACGACAUAUUAUAUCAUCUUCUAUCAAAUAUAUCAUAUCAAGUCCAAAUACAUAUACUAAUUAAGCUUUAAAAAAAAUCUAAUAGCAAUACAAUAUGUAUAAACUUUUAAACAUAACUGUUUAAGUAUUAUAAUAUGCUAGAACUUAGAAGGCAAAAAGAACAUAAGAUUUUAUAAAGUGUACUAAUAUAUCUUUUUCAAAAAUCUUGUGUUAAAGGCACCAAGAGCUGGCCCUUUUGUGCCAAGUAUUACAAGUAACCCAACUUGUGAACCUAAAUCACUUUGAAAGAGAAGUUAUCUAUCUAUAUCACACACACACACACACACAUACACAAAUCUAUCUUUCUCUUUCAAUCUGCUUACUAUCAAGGCAAGUUUCCAUCUUCUGCUCCUCUAACCAUAUAAAUUACAGCUAAAAAUAUCUCUUGUUUCCAAAAUCUUCACACAUUUUGGUUUCAUUUUCUUCAUCUGAUGUGAGAAUUUUGAGGUGACAAAAAUGAAGACUAUAAGUGGGUUAGGGAUAGGGUUGAGUUUGGUGUUUGGGUUCCUUCUCUUAGCACUUGUUGCAGAAAUCUUUUACCUUCUGAGAUGGAAGAAGAUCAUAACCCAAGAGAGCCAAGAACAAGAAGAACAACAAGCUGGGUACGCUAAGGAACUUAUCCAGCUCUUCUGCUUCAAAAACCAUCAACCUUUACAUGCCAACAAUGGCGUAAGAGAGGCGGAAAUCUCGAGGACUCAAGAUUUAGAGAUAGGGUUGAUGAAACACUUAGGUGGAGGAGAAGUAGGGUUUGAAGCAGAGCUCAUGAAGCUUCAUAACCAGAGGUUCCUCUUCACAAUCAUAGAAGAGACAAAAGCAGAUUUGGAAUCUGAUGAUGAGAAAUCAAGAAGUCUGAGUGAUUUUCCGGUUGGGGUUAAUGACUGUACUACCCCUGGUCUCACUCCUCUGGCUUCUCCUUGUACACUGAAGUCAUCUCCUUUGGAGUCUUACUCGCACCAUGGUUUCAAUCCUCUGUUCGAGACAGAGGGUGAGCUUGAGUUCAACAAGUUCUUCAGGUCGUCUUCUUCUUCGCCUCCGCCUAAGUUUAAGUUCAUGAGGGAUGCGGAAGAGAAGCUGAGGAGGAGAAUGGCUGAAGAAGCUAAAAGGAGAGAGGAGACAGAGGGUUCGUUUCUGAAGUUCUUGAAUCCUGAGAUGAUGAACAGAGAGAAGAAACAGAGUAGUCAAGAAUCUGAUGAGACGGUGUCGUUUGCAGUUUCUUCUUCGUCAUCAGGUACAAAUCUUAGAACGUUGGACCGGAGAUCAACACUGGUUGUUUAGUGUUAGAACUCUCUUGCUCUACUCCUUAAUUUUUAUUUUUUGUUGAAAUUUGUAAAAAGAAUUUCAAUAUUAAUUGUGCGAAUUAUCUUUGUUUUCUCACAUUCUGAUUCUUUGUGAAUGAUUUCUUCUGUACGUAUCAAUCUGAAAAAGUUUGCAGGUGCUUCUUAUAA